AUGAAGGAUCAGGCGAAGCCUUAUGAUCCCAAGAAGUCCUACUGGUGUCCUGAUCCCGAUGAGGGCUUCGUCGAGUGUGAGCUUCAAGGUCCGAAGGGAGACAAGCUGGUAACAGUCAAGGUUCCCAGUGGCGAGAUGAAGGACUUCAAGAAGGAGCAGGUCGGACAGGUCAACCCUCCCAAGUACGAGAAGUGUGAGGAUGUGUCCAACCUGACCUUCCUCAACGAUCCCUCCGUCUUCUACGUCCUCAAGUCCCGUUACCAGGCCAAGCUUAUCUACACCUACUCUGGUCUCUUCUGUAUCGCCGUCAACCCCUACAAGCGUUACCCAUCUACACCAACCGUGCCGUCAAGAUCUACAUGGGCAAGAGGCACUGAGAACACGAAGAAGGUGCUUUCUUACUUCGCCAAUGUGGGUGCCAGCGAGAAGAAAGAAGGCGAAAAUAAACAGAACCUGGAAGACCAGAUCAUCCAAACCAACCCUAUCCUUGAGGCCUAUGGUAACGCCAAGACUACACGUAACGACAAUUCAUCUCGUUUCGGUAAAUUCAUUCGCGUCCACUUCGCUCCCAACGGCAAGCUUUCCGGCGCUGAUAUCGAGGUCUACCUGCUGGAGAAGGCUCGUGUCAUCUCCCAGUCCCCCGCCGAGCGAGGCUACCAUAUCUUCUACCAGCUCAUGUGCGACCAGAUUGAUUAUAUGAAGAAGAUGUGCUUAUUGUCCGAUGAUAUUUACGACUACCAUUACGAGGCUCAGGGCAAGGUUACCGUCCCAUCAAUUGACGACAAGGAAGACAUGCAGUUCACCCAUGAAGCCUUCGAUAUCUGA